CCACUUUUAGUGCAGGUGAAAGGAUUUACAACCCGAGGAACACCUGAAACUUUUGAGUAGAGAUGCACUGUACUCCUUUUCAGGUGUGUGUUUUCCGCCUGCCUUUCUGAAUAAUGUCAAAUUAUUUGUAAAUGUAAACUAGUUUAUGAGUCUGAAGAGGUGGCUAUCUGCAAAAUGUCUCUUUAGUUUUCUUCAUAACUAUGUAAAGCUAGAUAUCUAGCAGUAUCCACUUACAUUCAAAUCAUCUUAAAGCUGAAUUCGCACGUGGGAACAUGGCAGACAAUGACCGCAAUUUAGUAAACUUUGAGGUCUCGGCGGAUGAAGAUUUAACAGACACUGGCAGCUACACAGAUGAUGGAGAUUCGUCAUCCUGGGAAGAAUUUGCAGAUUACGUGCGUAGUGGGCCAAUCCAGCCAUACUUGUUCGAACCAAUGGUCGGCGAUACAUCGCCACCGAGGAGAAGAGAUUAUGACACCGACGAGACCGAGGAAGAAGAACAGGAGGAGCGGGUACCAGUCACCGACCCACCAAGGGUGAACUUAACCAUGGAGGAACCGGGUGCUGAUAUAGAGGUGACUGUCAAAACUUUGGACUCCCAGAGCCGAAGUUACACUGUAGGCGGCCAGUUGACAGUGAAAGAGUUCAAGGAGCACAUUGCCACUUCAGUUGGGAUUCCUGUGGACAAACAGAGGCUGAUCUACCAGGGCCGAGUCCUGCAGGAUGAGAGGACACUGACAGAGUACAACGUUGGUGGAAAAGUCAUCCACCUGGUGGAGCGGGCCCCCCCUCAGCCCUCCCAGCCAGGCUCGGGGUCAGGGGUAGCGGAGGCCGGAGCGACGUCCUCCUCUACCACCUCCCAGGGAACGUCCCAAGUGCCCCCACAGGACCGCAACGCCAACAGCUAUGUCAUGCUGGGGACCUUCAACCUCCCGGUUAACGUCAUGGACCCUCAGCAGAUCCAGAUGUCAGUCCAGCAAAUGAUGUCAGGCUUGGGAGAGAAUGCAAGGAAUGCCAGAGUCAGCACCAGCACCGGGAGCAAUGGUUCCAUGAAUGUGCACAUUGAUAUGGACCAAUCGGUUCAGAGUGAGCCCAGGCUGAGACUGCUAUUGGCUGAGAACUUGCUGAGGGACACCAAUGCUCUCAUCGAGAGGAUGGAGGGUCAACCAAGCGGCACCUCGGCCCAACCAGAUUCUGCUGCUGCAGCACCUCCUCCCUCUUCCUCCUCCACUCCCUCUCCCUCCACCCAGCCCAUGGACACGUCUCCACCUCCAUCUACUACCCCUCCAUCCUUCUCUUCCUCCACUCAAACAGAGGGAGCCGCUCAAGCUGGACCCAAUCACCCCAGCCCAGCAGAGCUGGUGGAGAUGCUUUCAGAGCUGAGGAGGGUGGAGGAGAGACUUCAGCCAUUCGUCCAGAGAACACACACUAUCCUAGAGUCUGCUACCACCGCAGAAUACGCCAACGCCGAAAGAGAGGAGGACCAGCGGAUUCUCAACCUGGUGGGCGAGGCCCUCCGUCUCCUGGGCAAUGCCCUGGUUGCCCUUAGUGACCUGCGCUGCAACCUGCUGAGCCCCACCCCACGCCACCUACACGUGAUCCGGCCAAUGUCUCACUACACCUCCCCAGUGUCCAUGCCUGGAGCCGUUCACCAUCACAUCCCGCUACAUAUGAACCUGGGAGCCACGGUCACGAUGGCGUCCAAUGGCAGACCAGCUACAGAGGAACAGGCACAGCCCAGUCAGGCCGCCGGCCAAUCGGACCAGCCAGGUCAGGGACAGACCUCUCCUUCACAGCCUCCUCCGUCCAAUCAGCAGGCUGGACAGGGACAGCCCGGCCCCCGGGUCAUCAGGAUCAGCCACCAGACAAUGCCGGUGGUCAUGAUGCAGAUGAACACGGACGACUCUGGUGUUCCUCAGGCAGCUGGACAGCCCAACGCUGCAGGAAUGGGGCAGCCAGGCUUCCAAAUGCCUCCCGGUGUUCAGAUGAACCCAGACUUCAUGCAGUCCAUCAUGCAGCAGAUCGCCCAGUACACAGAGGCUGUGGCUGCUGCCACCGGGGGCACCAUCCCUGGCCAACCCCUCCAGCCUACCCCCCCAGGCUCCACUACUACCUCUUCCACCACCACCACUGGCCCUUGCACCACCACCACCACUGGCCCUAACACCCCUGCCACCACCCCCACGGCCCCCCCUCUGCCUUCUCCUGGGGCACCCCAGGCCAGGGUGGUGUUUACUCGGCCCACCUUUGCCCCCAGGGUCCCUCCACCCGCCUUUGGCACGCGGGGGGCCACCAUCAACCUUAGAGCUAGCGUGCCCCCCAUGAUGGGUCAGCAACCAGGACAGCCCUUCCCUCCUGCUGCCCUCAAUCAGAUGAUCAGUGGACUGGUGGGACAACUCCUAAUGCCUGGACAGAUGGCUGGUCAAACAGCCACCACCUCUGCCUCUCAUACCUUCUCCUCAGCUUCUCAUACCUUCUCCUCAUCCUCCUCCAACUCUUCUUCUUCCUCCUCUGGCCCUAUCCCCACCCCUGCUCCUAGCACCACUGUUCCCCCAGGCCAGUCUGGAGCCAUACCCACCAUGCCCCAGGGAGCUCCCCCUGACCUGGCCCAGCUCCUGGGCUCUCUCCUGGGGACAGCGGGGACAGUUCCUGGGGCCAUGGGACCCUCCAUCACUGUGACCAUGCCUGGAGUACCUGCCUUCGUCCAGGGAGUGUCUGACUUCAUGCAGGCCUCCGGACCAGUUUUCCCACCACCCCCCAACGGUGCCCAACAGCCCCUUGCCUCUGGCACCCCCACCCCUCCACCCGGGACCACCCCUAACCCUCCCACGGGGGACGGUGCCGGGGCCCAGGGAGAGGCCCUGAAUCCGGAGUUGUUCACUGGGAUUGUACAGGGGGUCCUGUCUACCAUGAUGGGCUCCCUGGGCUCUCCUCAGAGCAACACUGAGAGCAUCGCCCAGUUCAUCCAGAGGCUCUCCGAGACCAGCAACAUCUUCACACCCGGCACAGGGGACGCCAUGGGUUUCUUUGGAGAUCUACUGACCCUAGUGUGUCAGAACUUCUCCAUGGUGGACCUGGUCUUGCUGCUCCACGGACAGAACCAGCCCCUGGGCCGCAUCCAGACCCAGCUGUCUCAGUUCUUCACCCAGCAUUACCUCAAUGGGAGCGAGCCCACCGACCACAAUGUCGCUGCUGCUGCUGAUGGUCUCAUCAAUGAACUUGAGGAGUACAUUACCGAGAGCUUUUCUUCAGUGGCAGUGUUGGAGGGUGUCAACGUCACUCAGACCAACCUGUCCUUCUUCAGGCGGCAGUUAACGCGUAUCGCCACACACAUACUCCGCUGCACAGACAACACGUUUGGGCCGCAGCUGCUGCAGAUGUGCAACCAGGGGUUGUUUGAGUGUCUGGCCCUCAACCUGUACUGUCUGAGAGGAGAGCAGAGUGCCCUCACUUCUGUCAUCAACCACCGCAUAAGGACGUUGUCGACUGACAUGAACCCCAGCCUGGUGAACUGGCUGACCAGUAUGAUGACCAUGAGGCUGCAGGUCAUCCUGGAGCACAUCCCCGUCACAGAGGACCAGAUACUGCAUUAUGCCGUCCACACACAGCAGGGGGAGGCUUCUAAUGCACAGGAGCCUCAACGUGCCCAGAUCAUAGAGAUGGAGGACACUCACUCCCCAGCCCCGGCCACCACAGCUGAAGAAGCCAUGGCGUCGUCACAGGAGACUAGGGCAGAGCCUAGGGAAACUGGAGCCACCGGAGGUGCUGCGCCAUUGGGUGGCGCCAUGGCAGCAGCUGAAGCCAGCGGGAGGGAGGAGCCUGGUAGAGAGACCGAGGCCUGGGCUGCUGCCGUCCCUGCUGAGUGGGUACCCAUCAUCAGACAUGACCUGAUCACCCAGAGGAAGAUGAAGGCCCAGCCUCCCAUGUCUGAUGCCUAUUUACAUGGGAUGCCUGCCAAACGCAGGAAGACAGGACAGGGGGACGGCGCUCUUCUCUCCCUCUCCGACGCAGUGAGCAGGGCUGCAAGGACGGCCGAAGUCAGGCCAGUCACUUCCCCAGACCACCUGCAGGAGGAGCUUGACAGCCCUGAGCUCCAGGAGGCAUAUGCAGAGCAGGUGAAGAAAGACAUAAAGAAGCGAGUGAGAGAGGACCCGGACUUCAGCUCUCAGCAGUUCCCCAACACACACAGAGCUUUUUCAUCAGACUCAUAACCUAACCACAACUUGUUUUGCAACCUGAUGAAAUUUUACACAUAACCAACCUGUACACAUCCUCACCAUCCUUUACUUUUGGAUUGCUCAGUAUCACAACUGAAUGCAGUUAAGCCUAAAUCUAAUUUAUUUAUAAAGCCCUUCUUACAUCAGCUGAUAUCUCAGUGCUGUACAGAAACCCAGCCUAAAACCCCAAACACCAAGCAAUGCAGGUGUAGAAGCACGGUGGCAAGGGAAAAACUCCCUAGAAAAAGGCUAGAACCUAGGAAAAUCAGGUGCCUAUCAAUUUUUUGUUGUUGUACCAGACACAUCUCCUUUUGACUAAAUUACUGACUGAUUUAUUUUUCCAGUGCCUAUUUUUCCCCUGCCCUCCUGGUGAUGGAACACACCUGAUUUGACAAGUUUGUCUUUAUUUUAUGGAUGACUUACUUUUGACCUUAUAUCUGCAAUGCUGUUUUGUUUAGUGUUAUCAUGUUAAUAUUAUCCUGCCUAUAUAUCUUACCUGUUGUGUUUUUCAUUAGCUUCCCUGAAAAUAAAAAUGGCUUAUUUCAAGA